GCAUGUCUGACCCGGCUGGCGCAGUCUGCUCGAUCAUAUACUCCGGAGAAGGAUACAAACGUUGCGCAAGAAUAUUCAAAGGUGAUCAACAAGGUGGACAGUGCUUGUUUUUCCACAUCGGGACCUUAUCGAUAAAACAUCUGGUGAAGAAAGAAGCUCCUGUGGCCUCCUUUCACCUCCCAGCCGCGAAUUCCUCGGCGAACUAAGCGCUUUUAAUCUUUUUUUAAUACAUCUUUUUAGACUUUUUGAGGACAGAAACCAUGUUUAAAGUGUGCCUCGUGUUGUUUCUGUUCGCCUCCGUUCACUCAGAGUCGGUGAGGGAGAUGGAGACAUGGAUGCCCACGACGCACCCUGACGACCUGGUGUCGUCGGGAGACUCCCCCAACGGCUCGGACUUCGCCUUCACCGAGGACACGCACACCACCGUCGACGCCGAAGACGAUACGCCGUACGAUGACGAAGAUGACGAGGAGGAGUCAGAGUUCUCCGGAUCCGGUGAUGGAGCCCCCACCGUGCCCACCAGAGGGGACCAGGACAAGACGCCAGCCAUGCCUGACGUCAACGACAACCUGAUCUCAGAGCAGGAGCGCCCGGCCCUACCCACGGUGGACGAGGUGGAGGAGGUGGAGAGCAACGAGAUCCCCCGGCAACGCAACGAGGCGCCCUCCUCCCACGAGGAGCAGCCCUCCAACGUGCUCAUGUCCCACGCCAGCGACGAGAGCAUCUUCAACAAGACCGAGGUCCUCGCAGCUCUGAUCGCAGGGGGCGCUGUGGGGCUGAUCUUCGCCGUGCUGCUCAUUCUGCUGCUCAUCUACCGCAUGAAGAAGAAGGACGAGGGAAGCUACGACCUGGGCAAGAAGCCCAUCUACAAGAAGGCCCCCACCACGGAGAUAUACGCAUAGUCCCGCCCCCCCCUCACCUCUGAACCCUGAUCAAGACCCCCGGAUGCGGACCCAGCCCCCACCCUCACUCAGUGCCUGAAAACCCCCCCCCCCCCCUCCUCCUCCCUCUGCCUGGCCUCAACGCCUCGCCCAAUGACAUUCAGUAGCAGCCAAUCAGGGAGGGAGACCGCUUCAACGGAGCACUGACUGACUCCGCCCCCUCCUCCUCAUCCUCCUCACUAUUCAAUAAAUCGAUUGGUGCUCUUCUAUCCAAUCAGAGGCUUUGUUCUUAGAUUUGUUUUAUUGUUUUUAGUUUUUUGAGAAGAAGCGAGAGGGGAGAACGGUUUCAGCUCCAAACCAGUUCGGUACGAGACCACCAUUUUGAUUAGAAUUUACUUUUUGGUUUUCAUUUUGGUUUCGUCUCCCCAUGUAAAUAGCAUCUACAACUUUAUCGACAAUUGAGGACUUUGUAAAUUAAUGGCAAAGUCUUCUCUUGCAUUUCUCUUUCGUACCCCCCCCCACCCCCCACCUCUCUCUACCCACCCGGUCCUCCAUCUUGUAACACUAACACUGUGCAAUGCCAUGCUCUCAUCGCGGUACACGUUCAGUUCAACUUAUUUAUUUUCCUUGUCCUUUUACCUCCUCCGGCUCCUCAUUGGUCCACUCCUCAACCAAUGAGGAGUCUGUUUUAGAUUUUUUUUUUUUAUUGAAUCUUGUUCUGGUAUCGCAGAGCUCCACCUUACUGUAGUUAAUUAUUUUGUUACGUCUUUGUGUCUUCAACGUCAUGCAGAGAUUUCAACCGUUUAUUGUGACUUUCGUUUUCUUUUCUAAAUAAAAGAUUUCCUUUUAUGCUCGGGAAGAAAUGUCACCCCGCGUUGUCAGAAGGUACUUUCCCUGUCGAUCAGAAACCAUCACAGCCCACUGGUGGCCUUUCCGGUCCUUACGGCGGCACCCACCGCAGGCCUGCCGUGCCCUGGGCUGAACGAUUCAGAGCAGUCCUCCUGGGUAAAUAGUUACAGCACUCUUAGAAAUCAUUCAUUCCUUCUGACAUGAGUCAGGCUUCAAAUUCCGCCACAUGGAAAGACCCGGAGAUUAACCCUCAAGUCGGACGUUACCGGAAGAAAACGAUAGAAUGAGUUUAACUAGGCUUUUAUAACCAACGGUGACUUGGCCACUUUUAUUCAAUCAUUGGUGAGAGUCUAAACUUCUAAGUCCCAGGAUAUAGCAAACAUUGACAGAAGGUAGGAUACUGCCCCUUGGGUACUGGUUCAUGGUGUUCUAGUGCUGGUUCAAAGAACUUUCUCUAUUACUGGUUCCUGGGACUUUUUCUAGUACUGGUUCUAUUUCUGGUUCUUGGUACUGAUUCAUAGUACUGGUUUGUGAUACUUGUUCAUAGUACUGCUUCAUGGGACUGAUUCAUAGCAUUUGUUCUAGUACUGGUUUGUGAUACUUGUUCAUAGUACUGCUUCAUGGGACUGAUUCAUAGUACUUGUUCUAGUACUGGUUUGUGAUACUUGUUCUAGUGCUGGUUUUGUCGACAUGCCCGGGAGAGAAGUCCGUAGUAUAAUUUUCCUUCUCUCUCCAGCGUUGGUUUGGUGAAUCGGAUCACUGGGUUCUGGCCGAGGCAGCGCAUUCCAGACCGGCCCACCAGCCGGGGGGGGGGGAACAUCACAUAACCACCAGCCUGUGGUUAUGUGGGGGGAGGGCGGCUGUGGUCAUCAGUGUGCGCUUUAGAAGUCGGCCCUCUGAAAGAUAAUAUUUCCUGCUUAUCUCGGUCCAUGUGUGACCCUAAUGGUGGAGCCGUCGUAGGCCCCCGCCCCGCCUUUUGAGUCACGGUCACGACACACAAGAAUCUGGCAGUUGGUCUCUUAUCAUGAUUAACUGUCGUUUUCAAGCUAUUCCGUGGCCCUCAAUCUCUCCGAAGUUUGUCAAAUAAGCUAGACUCUCAAGCUAUUUUUGUUUAUUUUCUGUCCUGUGUUUUGUGAGUUUUGGUUCAGUAAGCUUCAUCAUGGGGGUAUUAUUAGUACUCCUCUUCCUCAGAUUAACUAACACACUGUAUUUAUAAAGUUCUGGUUCCAACGGACACACACGGGUCUAGUAAGGGUCUGUACAUAGUUUGGAUUACAUGUUGGUACGUCAUUUCUCUCAUAGGCAUCGCUAUAUUCACAACCCAAAUCCUACCAAAUAUUUAAAUGCCAAAUUAUUUUUCUUUUUGUCUUUUUGGUUUGUAUUGCUUAUAGCUUCUAUUGUUCCACAGCCGCAUUAAUGUUUAAGUUCUGGUUGUGAUUAUACUGUAAGUGCUUGGAAUCAAACUCGCACCUCUUCUGUUGAGGGUUGAGUUGUUUAUUUUCGAUACUACCGAUGCAUAUACUAACUCUCAUUCUUUCUCUGUUUGUUGGUUUUAUUUUCAGGAUUUGACCAACGUUUUUCUUUUUCUUCAUUAAUUUAACUCGAUAUUGUAUGGCCUCUUCCCUGCCCCUCCUCCCUUGCUAAGCUGUUGUAUAUGUCAUUUUAAAAGGUUUAUACACACUAGGUGGAGAUUUUCAAAAGCAAAUAGUUAUAAGACAGUUUUUUAAGAGUUUCUAUUAUCUUUUAGACUUUUUGUUUUGAAGCGCUAUGUAUUUAUGUGUUUUUAUUUUUUUGUUAUUGUAGAAGAAGGAUUUCUCAUGUGGUCUGUGUUUAUCACUCGGUCUUUUAAGGGAUGUUGUACCGACGAGAUGGCCACAAGAGAUUUGGUUCCAGAUUAACAGUUUGAAAUGAAAGCUUCACAAAACAUAUCACUGCCGUGUUUUCAGCGGUUCAUACUGCCAUGGUUAGCAUCACUCGGCUAGCUAAGUGGUGUUAACCUUAGCCGUUGUGCUAAGUCUCUGUAAGCCCAUCGUUUGCUCAGAUACUUCCAGGCCCUGGUUCCUGCUACUGCUAAUGGCUAAGUGGUAAAUGAUUGGCUGGUGAAACCACCAUCACUUAGCUAGCUAGCUCAGCAAAUUUUAUCCUGGAGGUUGUUGAAGUGCAUUUCGUUUCAAUAGCUCAAAUUGCGUUCCCUCUCAAUCUCAUGCGUUCUUUGUAAAGAACAUUUUAGAAUUGUAAUUGAAGAAACGCUCCGAUCAUCAUUCACGUCAUUAAAGCGUUUAUUAAUUGAACGGUUCACAAUCUGCUUUGAUCAGGAACCAGUCAACCCCAGUAAACUGGGGGAUCCCUCACCAAACAAAUGCCUUUUAAAUAACAUGGACCUCCGGCAGUAAGCAUGUCAUUAAACGUCUCUCCGUCUGGAAGCAGACUCCUCUGUGGAGAGUUCCAGAUACCCCUGAUUACUACCCAGAACCCCCAUGGAAACAGUUCAGAUGUUAAUCUGCUCCCGGCUCUGGUCACUUUGGCUCAGGAGAGAAAUGUCCUGGAGCAGCACAUGGACCAACCCAUGGGCACCAACCAAUGAAUCAUUGGUUUCUGCAUGCCGGGCCUGGUUUUAUUAUUUGAAAUAAAGCUAUUUUUAUGCACAA